GGGGGGGUUGGAGGGACCACCGCUCAUUGCCCUCGACAUGCCCCGGAGAGAGCCUGGCGGGCAUUGCACCCACCUGACAGACUGGGAAACUGAAGCCGGGAGAGGGUCUGUGACUCCUCGGGGUCCCGGGGUUGGAUUCUGGGUCGCAGGGCGCUCAUGGAGCUCUGCCCGAUCUUCCGCUUCCCUCAGCACCCGUGGGACGGUGAUGGCCUCUCGCAGGAGAGCAGGAGUCUCAGCCUGUCCUGCCCCGAGGACCUUUUUGGUAUCAGAUGAAGCCUGAGGACCCCUGCUCAGAUAAAGUCAUUAAAUGCAUAGAAUAAAAUCCACAGGAUUUCAAGGAAAUCAGUUAUACUAGAGACAGUGACCAAAAUAUUGUUUUGAUGGGUGACUUAGUAAUCUAAGUGCUUGCAUUAUUAACUCAUGGAAUGCCGAGGUCUAGCGUGGGUCUGAUUAGAACUGUAAAUUUGGAAGCAUUGAGUGGGAAAUGUGGCUUCCAUGUGUGGGAAUGUCUGCAGCCCAGUAGCAUGGGUAGGAAACGUCUGUGAUUUCGCUGGUGAGAAGUUCCAGGUCCCGCUAAUAAUGGCUUGUUUUGUUGCCCGCACUCAGAGUGGAACGAAAAGGUUAAUUUUCACAUUUUCAGUAAAAUGUUGGUGACAAUGAAGAGAUUGUUUUGUUUUGUUUUUCCAUGCAAGUUCAUGGUUCUUCUGAAUUCUCAUCAGCAGGCCCCUUGUUAAGAAUGUGCCUGGUCUGUUGGUAAGACCACCCUGUGGGUAUAAAAGAAAAAGAAAAGAAAAUAAGAAUGCCUGGUCCAGAGGUAUAGAAUCCAGUCACCUCAGAGAAACUCCAAGGGACAUUUACUUUGCUGUGAGCUUAUCCAAAGCCCUACAUUUUCAGGUGGGGAAACUGAGGCACAGAGACGGGCAGCUUACGCAGGACUCUGGGGCUGGGCAGUUAGCCUGUCUCCUGUGCCCAGCCUCAAGCAUGCCAGGAAGUAGCUCCUGGCCUGCUCUGCUCCCGGAUCCUAGGUGUGCGCUCCAGCAUGGGUGCAGCUGUGCUGGCCCGAGACGUCCAUCACAGUGUGGCUGCUGAUGGCCCAAGCAGCACCCAGCCCACCGUGACGAAGGCCGGAGCCGUGGUCCCCAAACGAACUGCGCUUCCCAGCAGCCGGGGCGAAUAUGUGGUGGCCAAGCUGGACGACCUCAUCAACUGGGCCCGCCGGAGCUCCCUGUGGCCCAUGACCUUCGGCCUGGCCUGCUGCGCAGUGGAGAUGAUGCACAUGGCCGCGCCCCGCUAUGACAUGGACCGCUUUGGCGUGGUCUUCCGCGCCAGCCCCCGCCAAUCUGACGUGAUGAUCGUGGCCGGCACGCUCACGAACAAGAUGGCCCCGGCGCUCCGAAAGGUCUACGACCAGAUGCCAGAGCCCCGCUACGUCGUGUCCAUGGGGAGCUGUGCCAAUGGAGGUGGGUACUACCACUAUUCCUACUCGGUCGUGAGGGGCUGCGACCGCAUCGUGCCAGUGGACAUCUACGUCCCAGGCUGCCCGCCCACGGCCGAGGCGCUGCUGUAUGGCAUCCUGCAGCUGCAGAGGAAGAUCAAGCGGGAGCAGCGGCUCCAGAUCUGGUACCGCAGGUAGUGCCGCCGCCACUGUCUGGGAACCACCAGAGCUAUGUCUGUGUUGUCCCUGGAGAUUGUCAAUAAACCCGCCCUCCGGCCCAUU